AUGGCGCUGUCGGCAGCAGGCUGUGAAGGCACUGACUGCGACGGAGUGUGGUCCUCCUGGGAAGCGGUGUCUGAGCCCUGGGAUCAGCCGGGGGCAGCGGGUCGGCGAGGCGCCGAUGUCGUCCUGCUGGACUCAAAGGAAUCGCAAGCGGAGCUGGGCUGGACCUCCCACCCGUCAAACGGGUGGGAAGAAAUCAGCGGCGUGGAUGAGAAUUACAAGCCGAUACGCACGUACCAGGUCUGCAAUGUCAUGGAGCCAAACCAGAACAACUGGCUGCAGACGGGCUGGAUUGCCAGGCGCGACGGCCAGAGGAUCUUCAUCGAGCUGAAGUUCACCCUGCGGGACUGCAACAGCAUCCCUGGUGUGAUGGGCACCUGCAAGGAGACUUUCAAUCUGUACUACGUCGAGUCUGACUCCGACCUGGGCCGUAGCGUCCAUGAGAGCAAGCACACCAAGAUCGACACCAUUGCUGCUGAUGAGAGCUUCACACAGGGGGACCUAGGCGAGCGUAAGAUGAAGCUGAACACCGAGCUGAGGGAGAUUGGGCACCUGAGCAAGAGAGGCUUCCACCUGGGCUUCCAGGACGUGGGUGCCUGCGUGGCGCUGGUCUCUGUGCGGGUCUAUUACAAGAAGUGCCUUGCCACCAUGCAGAACCUGGCCGUGUUUCCGGACACGGUGGCGGAGACGGCCUUUGCGACUUUGGUGGAAGUUAAGGGCACUUGUGUCACUCACGCCGAAGUGGACGUGGAUAAUCCCCCCAGGAUGCACUGCAGCGCAGAGGGCGAGUGGCUGGUCCCCAUAGGGAAGUGCACGUGUGGUCCUGGCUUCGAGGAGAAGGAUGGGGGAUGCAGAGCUUGCCUUCCUGGAUUUUACAAGCUUUCCCUCCGUCUCCCUUUCUGCUCUCCUUGCCCUGAGCACAGCUUCACACAUGAGGAAGCCUCCACGUUCUGUUCGUGCCAGAAGAACUACUCUAGGUCCCCAUCAGACCCACCAUCUGCCUCCUGCACACGUCCACCCUCUGCCCCGAGGAACCUGGUCUACAGCCUGCGGCAGUCGUCACUGGUCCUGGAGUGGAGUGCCCCUGCCGAUGCAGGCGGACGGAGUGACCUGACCUACAGCCUGUGGUGCAGCCGGUGCCCGGCGGCGCUGCGGGGCCGCUGCGAGCAGUGCGGCAGCGGUGUGGGCUUUGUGCCGCAGCAGACGGGGCUUGUGGACCGAACUGUCACCCUGGUGAACCUGCUGCCUCACGUCAACUACACCAUCCGCGUGGCGGCUGUCAACGGUGUCUCGGGUGUCAGCCCGCUGUCGGGGCAGCAGUAUGCUGAGGUCAACGUCUCCACCGGCCUCACAGUGUUGGACCUUGUGGCCUUCACUGGUUUAGGACUGAGGGCCGCCGAACCCGUGACUUUGGAUCAGAGAGAUCAGAGUUACUCAACUGUGAAAACCACAUCAACAGCUGUGACGGUCAAUAACCUGAAGCCUGGCACCCUCUAUAUUUUCCAAAUCCGGACAUCUUCCUCACCGGACUACGGAAACUACAACCCUAGUAUUGAAGUGGAGACGCUGGCAGAGUUGACGGUGGCCUCCAGUGAGCAGAACCCUGUCCUUAUCAUCACGGUGGUGGUCAUCACGGGGCUGACGGUGCUGGUGUCCAUGGUGAUCGGUGUGAUGGUCUGGAGGAGACAGUGUGGGUACAGCAAAGCCAGCCAGGAUGGGGACGAGGAGCUGUACUUCCAUUUUAAAAUACCAACCAGGAGGACGUACAUCGACCCUGACACUUGUGAAGACCCCAUGCAGGGCGUGCACCUCUUUGCCAAAGAGCUGGAUAACGCUAGUAUUAAAAUUGAGAGGAUCAUUGGGACAGGAGAGUUUGGAGAAAUCUGCCGGGGAUGCCUGAAGCUGCCCAGCAAGCGGGAGCUGCCGGUGGCGAUCCAGACCCUGCGGGCAGGGUGCUCGGAGAAGCAGCAGCGCUCCUUCCUGGCAGAGGCGUGCACCAUGGGCCAGUUCGACCACUCCAAUGUCAUCCGCCUGGAAGGUGUCAUCACCAGAGGGAGUACCAUGAUGAUAGUGAUGGAGUACAUGGGGAAUGGCGUGCUGGACUCUUUUCUCAGGAAACAUGAGGGACAGUUCACGGCCACUCAGCUCGUUUGCAUGUUGCAGGGGAUUGCCUCUGGCAUGAAGUACCUGGCAGAGAUGGGUUACAUACAUAAAAGCCUUGCUGCCCACAAAGUCCUUGUGAACAGCAGCCUGGCUUGCAAAAUAACUGGUUUCAGACGGCUACAAGAAGAUAAGAUGGAGACCAUCUUCUCCACCAUGCGUGGGAAGAGCCUGGUGCUGUGGUCGGCCCCUGAAGCCAUCCAGUAUCACCACUUCAGUCCGGCCAGCGACGUGUGGAGCUUCGGCAUCGUCAUGUGGGAAGUCAUGUCCUACGGCGAGAGACCCUACUGGGACAUGUCCAACCAGGACGUGAUGAAGGCCGUGGAGCAGGGGUUCCGCCUGCCUGCCCCGGUGAACUGCCAGCCGCCCCUCCACCAGCUCAUGCUCGACUGCUGGCAGAAGGACCGCAGCCAGAGACCCAAGUUCUCACACAUCCACCACAUCCUGAGCAAGAUGGUGCAGAGCCCGGAGCCCCUGAAGUGCCCCAGCUCUACGUGCACCAGCACGUCCAUCCCCCUCACCGAGCGUACCUUCUCAGCCUUCCCGACUUUCAGCUCUGUGGGCGAGUGGCUGGAAGCGAUAGAAAUGGGCAAGUACAAAGACAACUUUACCGCUGCGGGCUACUGCUACCUGGAGUCGGUGGCCAGGAUGACAGCCCAAGAUGUCCUCAGCCUGGGGAUCACGCUGGCGGAGCACCAGAAGACCAUCCUGAGCGGGAUCCAGACUCUCCGGACCCAGGUGAUCCAGAUGCAUGGCCGAGGCGUGCAGGUGUGA